ACCUAUUUUAUAAAUGAGAAAAUUGAGGACAGAGAGAUGAAGUAUUCUGCCCAGUAAGUAAUCCGCCCAAUAAGCGGUGAAGCUGGGAUAUGAACUGAGGCCGCCUGGCCACUAAACUCUAGUUACAUCCCUCUUCCUAUGUGCUGACCCGUUGCAGGUCUGGGUCUGCAGAACUAACCUGAGCAGGUGCCCUCUUAGAAAGGGUAGAGUUGGUAGGUGAACGGGUAUGAAUCCGGGGUAUACCUGGGCCUGAGCCCUUGGCCUCUCAUGUUGUUGUAGGGUGCUGUCGAGUCGGUUCCGACUCAGCGUCCCCACCUGGCUUCUCCUACAUGCAUGGAACUACCUGAGUCACACAAAAAAGUUUACCUUCUUACUCAACGGUGACUUAUCUAUGAACACGUAAGACGUCACUGAACUAACAAAGCCUAAUAAUUCCUCGGGUCCGUAUUAUUAUAAAGGAAAGGAUUCAUCGUAAGAACAGGACUUGAGAGACAAUUUGUUGCAAGUCCGGUUCUCGCUGAGCUCUCUCUAUAAAUGGUUUCUCCUUAACUAACCAUGGUUCUUUCUGGUGUAGGAGUCCAAGAUUGUGGCAAGUCACAUCAGGUGUUAAGAAAUACCUGUGGUCUUUCUUGAGCUCCAGAUUUUAAAAAAAGAUAUAUUUGUUUACUUGUGAACUUCAGAUGUCUGUUUAAGUCUUGAUUCUUUCCAAAUCAUAAAAAAGUAAACCAAACCAGUUACCGUUGAGAUGAGUCUGACUCAUGGCAACCCCAUGUGGUUUCAGAGUAGAACAGGGUUUACGAUGGCUGUGACCUUUUGGAAGGAGAUCACCAGGCUUUUCUACUGAGGAGCCUCUGGGUGGACUUGAACCUCCAACCUUUCAGUUAGUAGCCCAGUGCAUUAAUCCUUUGCAUUACCCAGGGACUCCUCACUCUGAACAUUCCCCGUUAAUUCCACAUUUUUCUCACAGGAAUCUUAGUUUGUGCUUAAGCACUGGAUUUGCUUAUGUUUUCUGACUGGACCCAAAGCCAACUCACCAAGCACCUUUUGAUUUUUUACCUUCUUGUGACUCUAUUGGCCUUUGGCUCUCAAAGCAGUGAGGGAGAUAUGGGGUCUAGGAGCCAUUUUCUAUUAUUAAGAAAGCUGUAUGUAUGGGAAAGGAUACACUUCCCCUUCCCUCUCCCCCUGAGCGCCAUGACAGAACCAAGCAAAGUAACAAAAGGUCCCCUUUCUCUGCUUUUCUAUGUUCCAAGUGGUUCAUCGAACUAUCAGUUUUAACUGAGAGUUUUCCAGUGAUAUUUGUUUGCAAUCUACUGCCGAAGUACCCAAUCAUUCUCCAAGAGUCAGACGCAGACAAACAGGCCUAGAGAAAGAGCAGCACAAACUGAUGAUUCUUAGAAUCUCAAAAUUGGAUUUGACCUUGCAGCUCCUUGGAUGCUACCACUUGACAGAUGAGGCCGAAGCAUUGUAUAGUCACAUGGCUGGAGCUUGAGUCUACUGGUUCUCAGGCUCCACAAUGUCAUACUUUCUCUAAAAUGGAAGAUUCUUCUUUCUUUUGAUCAAAACACGUAAUGUUUCCUUUGCAAAGAAAAAUACCCCCCUAACCACUCAAAUAUUCAACUUCUUAAAAAAACAAAUGUCUCGCCAUCAGUUGAUUCCGAUUCAUGGCAACCCUGUGUGUUACAGAGUAGAACUGAGCUCCAUAGGGUUUUCUUGGCUGCAGCCUCCAUGGAAGCAGAUCACCAGGCCUUUCUUCCGUGGUACCUAUUGGUUAGUACCUCUUGUAGAGUCAGUUCCGACUCAUAGUUAUCUUACAGGACAGAGUGGAACUGCCCCGUAGGGUUUCCAAGGUUGUAAUCUUUACAGAAACAGACUGCCACAUCUUUCUCCUGAGAGCAAUUGUUGGGUUCUGACAUUGAUCUUUCAAUUAGCAAUGGAGCACUUUAACCACUGUGUCACCAGGGCUCCUUUUAUUGGUUAGUAGCUGAGCGCACCUAGGGACUUAUUUGGCUGCUAGGGAUUUUCUAUUGAGUUCCUCAGUAACAGCCUUAGCAGGACAUGGAAAGAGUCCCCAGCGCCUCUUGUUUUCACACUCGGGUCUGAUUUUUGCUCCUAGAGUUUCCAGAGCCAUACCCCUCACCCUCCAAUUAAAACCAUAGCUGGACAACAGCCUAAAUGUCCAUCAACAGAUGACUGGGUAACCAAAACAUGGUACGUACAUACAAUGGAAUACUACUCAACAACAAAGAGAAACGAAGCUCUGAUAUAUGUUACGAUGUGGAUAAAUCUUUAAAAUUUCUCGUUAAGUGAAAUGUCAGCCACAAGAGGACAGAUAUUGUUAUGUUCCUACUUAUGUGAAAUGUCUAGAAUAGACAGAUGUAUAGAGACCAAAGUUUAUUAGUUUAUCAGGGACUGAGGUGAGGGAGGGUGAUGGAAAAAAUUGGAAAUGGAUGAUGUGAUGGUUAAACAACAUAACGAACGCAAUUAAUGUCACUGAAUUGUACAUGUAAAAAUGUCUAAAUGGCAAAUGUUUUGCUACAUGUGUAUUUACCACAAUUAAAAAAUAAACAAACUUGGCCUUAAGCCUAAAUUUCAAAUGCCGUAAAACAAACCAGUAGAGGAGUUUCUCCACAAUGACAUACUUGACCGUUUGGUGUCCUUUGCCAAGGCUAAGAAAUCAUUUUUCCAGUUUGACCAGUUGCAUUGGGGCAACACCAGCUGACUUUGCAACGCCUUCUAGUGGGGGCAGGUUGAGUCCUACGACCUCUGCCACUCACCAGCUAUGUGAGCUUAGUGGAGUCCAGCUAAAUGCUCACCAAACUGCUCUCUUGCUGGACUCAUGGGAAGACUACAUUUCCCAGCACCCCUUGCAUUGAGGUGAGGUCCAUGUGACUGGGUUUUGGCCAAUGGAAUGAGGAUAGAUCACCCACUGCACAAUCCACCAUCCUCUUUCUUCUCUGCCUUGUCAACCUCUGAAGCUCUGUGUGUGUCUUUGUUUGGUAUUAAAAAAAAAUAUCGGUGGUGUUUUAAUCACCUUUUAAAGCAGACAGUUCAAAGAUAAAAUAUUAACCACUUUUAAAUUCUGUAUCUAAAUUUGCAGGAUAUGUGUGAGAGAGAGACCAGAUAAGAUUCCAAGAGAAAGUAAAUUUCCACUGCUAUUAAUCAGACAGAGCCCUGGUAGUGCAGUGGUUAAACUGAUUGACUGCUGAACGAAAGGUCGGUGGUUCAAAACCACCAGCAGCCCCGUGGGAGAAAGAUAUGGCAGUCUUAUUCCAUAGAGACUGACAGCCUUAGAAACCCUGUGGUGUUGCUAUGAGUUGGAAUCAACUUGACAGCAGUGGGUUCGGUUUGGGUUUUAAUCAGAUAUGAAGCCCUGGUGGCGCAGUGGUUAAGAGCUCAGCUGCUAACCAAAAGGUUGGCAGCUCAAAUCCAUAAGCUGCUCCUUGGAAACCCUCUGGGGCAGUUCUACUCUGUCCUAUAGGGUCGCUAUGAAUCGGAAUUGACUGGACAGCAAUGGGUUUGGUUUUUUUUUUUUUUUAAUCACCUUAACAAGAUGGUUCCAGAGGAAAUAAUGCUAACUACAGCCCAUUGGGUCUACCUAUCAUAUUUACUCAUCUGUAAAAGGUAGUGGCAGAACUUCAUGAGCUCAAAUAUCUCAUCCAAAAUUAAAAGUUUAUGAUUCUGAAGGGGUGUAUGAUUACAGUUUUAUUAAAUCAAGAAGGACACAAAUGCAGAGUAUAUGGGGUGUGGACUGGGAGGGUUCCCAAUACAGGGCUUCCAUGUUUCAGAAAGGAAUGCUACCCUUUCACAUGCUUCCAUGUCUGUCACCAUCCAGAGAGGCCCCGAAGCCUCGUGCUUUUAAUGGUAGGAGCCUGCAUGCCCUGGUCCCUGUCCUAUCUGCAUCAGACUGUGAUAUGGAGAAAUAAACCUUUGUCAUACAAAGCUACUGGGAUUUGGGGCUCACUCAUUGCUACAAAUCCCAGUAGCUUUGUACAACAAAGCUUUAUUUCUACUGGGAUUUGUGGUAAUCAGUAAGCCCCAAAUCCCAGGAGUUUUGAAGGCUUACUCAUCAGUACAAAAGGAGCCCUGGUGGUGCAGUGGGUAAGCACUCGGCUACUGAAAGGUUGAUGGUUCGAGCCCACUAGCUGUUCCAGGAGAGAAAGAUGUGGCAGGCUGCUUCUGUAAAGACUGCAGCCUUGGAAACCCUGCAGGGCAGUUCUACCGUGUCCUAUGGGGUCGCUAUGAGUUGGAAUCGAGUCGAUGGCCAUGGGUUUGUUGUUGUUUUUUGCUUUCCAUUACUACAACAUAAACCUAGGCUGUCCUGACUAAGGCUGAGCUUGGAGAAGUUAUUUCACCUCAAUGGGCCUCAGUUUUUUUAUUUGCAAAAUGUUCAUUGUAAUACGUACGUGUGGUAGCCAAGGCCAGAACAGAAAUUGGCUCAUUCUGGCUAAGUCAGAAAGGGAAUUUUGCUGGAAAGAUUCAGGAGAAUCUCUUGAAACCCAGCACCUAUGGGAGAAGACAGUUUACCUAGCCCUGAGGGUACAUCUGUAUUCAUUUCAGCACUAUUAUCCAAUUUGCUAGUGUCUCUGUGUCUCAAACCAAGUUCCCCGGAGGGAAUAUCUGAUUGGUUCAUCUUGUGUCAAGUGUCUGCCCCUGGUCCAAUCAGCUGCAGCCAGGAACCAGGCUUACAGGAGACAAAGGUAGCCUUGGAUCUUCCUUCUAUGGGCAGGCAGAACUCUUGUUCAAGUUGGGGAUCAUGGGCUGAGCCGCUACCCCGGAAAUGUCUGCCUUCCCGCACACAGAGAUGCUGAGUUACAUGAAAAAACAAGUCAGGAUCACAUAAGAGGAUUAUGUAAGCAUCUGAGCAGAGUUUUGCUAACAAAGAAUGGUCCCUCAGUUCAUAUUCUAGAAUCACAUUCUAGAGCGUAGUCUUAGGUGAAGGGCCCUGACCCAUGAGUUUGUCCCUAUCUACUUAGACUGGGGUCUGUGAGCAUUCGCACUAAGAAGAGCAAGGCCAUCCACAGCUCUGUAGUCGCCCGUGUUUCAGUGGCACUGAAAUAGACAGGGAUGCUGUCCUCCCCCUCUCUGGGCUUUAGCCACCCCUGCUCUGUCAGCGUCCACUCUGUUGUGUGCCUUACGAAAACUCUGGCAUUUGCCGAAAGGUCACCAGCUACAAUUUCAGACCAUGUGGGUAACUUGAACGCCCAGCAUCUAAAUGUAGCUGUAAAUGGGCUACAGUGGCUGUACUUGCUGAAAGCCUGUGCUCAGUGGUGGCAGGAAUAGCAAACCCUCCCUCCGGCCCCUUUAAGGGAAUUUGAGUGCUUAUAAAUGACACCAGCCGACAUGUCCUCCUUCUGUUCCCCAAAUUAUCCAGUCUUUCGCUCAUUCUUAACAUCCUCAGAGUGUCUCUCUGCCUGAGUGAAAGCACUGGUUUUUGUUUUGGUUCUCAUUUCCAUCUGUUGUGAACAUAUUCUUCUGUGAACAGAAUAAGAAGAAUUACUGGAAAAAUGAAAUAAUAAAAUACACACGCACACACACAAAUUACAUACAAAAUACAAGGCCCAAUUGUUUAGUGUUAGAUGGUAAUUUUGUUUCCAUUAAAAUUACGUUAUUCUUAAAUUUCAGUAAAAAAUAAUCAAAACACAUAUAACAAAUAAAAAUAAAUAAAUAAACCUAUUGCUGUCAGGUCAGUUCUGACUCCUGGCAACCCCAUGUGUGAGAGUAGAACCACCCCAUAGGGUUUUCUUGGUUAUAAUUUUUAUGAAAGCAGAUCACCAGGCCUUUCUUCUGUGGCACUACGGGGUGGGUUCAAACUGCCAACCUUUAAGCGAGCAGCAAGCACAAGCCAUUUGUGCCACCUAAGAUAACUGGUAUAGAAAUUUCUACAUACCCUUAAUUUCUUUCUUUCUUUUUUUAAAUACCCUUUACUUUUGUACUAACCUCGUCACGGACCAAUAACAGUUUGAUGCUUGUCCAUGAUCCACUUUGAAUGCUUUUUACAGGUAAAAAAAUUUUUUUUCUUUUAAUGCACAGUUCUAUUAAUAUUAACACAUGAAUAUUUUUGAGUAACCAGAACCACAAUCAGGAUACAGAAUAAUUCUGUCAUGUAGGAAACUUCCCCACCUCCAACCCCUGGCAAGCACUGAGCUGUUCUCCAUCGCUACAGUUUUGUCUUUUUGAGAAUAUUCUAUAAAUUAAAUCAUGCGGUGUUUAGUCUUUUGAGCCUGACUCCUUUCAGCUCAAUGCUUUGAGAUUCAUCUGAGUUGCUAUAUGUAACAGUAGUUCAUUCCCUUUUACCGCUGAGUAGUAUUCCGUUGUAUGGGUGUACCACAGCUUAUUUAUCCAUCCACCAGCUGGCGGGCAUUUGGGUUGUUUCCUGUUUCUGAUAAUUAUAAAUAGAACUGCCAUAAAUAUUCGUGUAUGGGUUUUGGUUGGAAUACAAAUUUUCAUUUCUUUAGAGUAGAAGCGACAGUCCACCUUGAGUGGGGUUGCUUUACACCCUCAUACAAGAAACCCUCUCAAUCAGAUGACAACUUUCAACGGAAAAGGAAACCUAGCUACCAAUCAGCCAGUCCCCUCUUCGCAUCUUGCAGUCACUUACUAGCUCAAAGCUCCUAGUAUCCAGCUACGGCUCUUUCCACAGUUAUGUCAGAAAAAUCAUUGUUGGCCUCUCCAUGUCAAAAACAAAACUUAGUUAUUUGUUGAUGACCAAAUGACAAGUCAUGGUCAAAGAAAGCUCCAUUCUAUCAUUCUCAAACUUCCCAGAAGCUCUCUGGAAAGACAAAGUUUUCCUGUUUAGGUCCAAAAUUUAAAAGGCAGAUACCUUCCGGCACAGUGGUUCCUCUUCUAGAGAUUCACAGAGGCACACACAACAUAAGGAUGCUUUGUUAUGGGUUGAAUUGUGUCUCCCCAGAAUGUGUGUCAACUUGGCCCAGUAUUGUGUGACCGUCCACCAUUUUGUCAUCUGAUGUGAUUUUCCUAUGUGUUGUAAAUCCGACCUCUAUGAUGUUAAUGAGGUGGGAUUAAUGGCAGUUACGUUAAUGAGGCAGGACUCAGUCUACAAGAUUAGGUUGUGUUUCAAGCCAAUCCCUUUUGAGAUGUAAAAGAGAGAAGCGAGCAGAGAGAUGGGGGGACUUCAUAACACCAAGAAACAAGAGCCAGGAGAAUAACGCAUCCCCUGGACCCAGGUCCCUGUGCUGAGAAACUCCUUGGCUAGGGAAGAUUGAUGACAAGGACUUUUCCCGAGAGCCAACAGAGAGAGAAAGCCUUCUCCUGGAGUUGGCACCCUGAAUUCGGACUUCUAGUCUCCUAGACUGUGUGAGCAUAAAUUUGUUUGCGAAAAUCAUCCACUUGUGGUAUUUCCGUUAUAGCAGCACUAGAUACUAAGGCAUGCUUGCUGCAGCAUUGUUUGAAGAGAAAGAUUUUCCAAAAUAAUUUAAAUGUCCACAUACUGGAAUAUAGUAAAAAAAAAAAAAGCAGUAAGUCCGUAUGUGCUGACAUGAGCUUAUUUCCAAGAUAUAUUGCUAUGGCAAACACUUUGAACUGGUUGACUCUAUGCCAGAGCCCAACUCUUACAGUAAGGGGUCACCAGCUAUGCCUGCUAACCAAAAGGUCCGCAGUUUGAAUCCAGCAGAGUAGAGCUGUCCCUCAGGGUUUCCAAGAGCUGCUGGAUUCAAACUCAAUGGUAAUGGUUUUUUUUUAAAUAUGGAUGGAGGAGUCCCUGGGUGGCACAUGAGGUUAAGCACCCAGCUGCUAACCAAAAGGUUGGUGGUUCAAACCAAUCAAAAGGCACCACAGAAGAAAGGCCUGGCAAUCUGCUUCUGAAAGGUCACGACCUAGAAAAUCCUACGGAGCACAAGUUCUAACUCUGCACGUGGGGUUGCCGUGAGUCAGUACUGACUUGAUGGCAACUGAUUUCAUUUUUUUAUGCGAAUGGAGCUGCCCUUUCUCCCCUCUUUGGGGUUUCAAUGUGGACUAGAUGUUUGGAGGUAUGGUGGUCAUUUCGUGCUCACGAGAGGAUAGACAUGAAGGCAAAAUCCAGCAGACUGAGGAUUGCAGAGUGGUCCCAAAUGGAGCCUUCAGAUAGUUGAAUGAGUGCCACCUCCCACUGAGCUUCUUGGUUGAGGAGCGUUUUUUUUUCCCUCCAGAUUUGCAUAUCUAUUAUGAAGGUGGUACACACUGCCUGCAAAAACAAUAAAGCAUCCUUUUAAACUUGUUCAAAAGAACCCUGGCCAAGAAAUUCCAGGAUGGCCAUUAUUUUACUACGUGACCUAUGCCCUAGAUAAGAUACCUGCUGAUUCUGCCGCCUAUAACCAAGGGGAGCUCGGCUCUGCAGUGGGGCCCUGUGAAUAAGCCUUUUGAGUCCUUGAAGACUCAAAAAUUACGGUUGCUCCUCAGGAUCUUUCGAGAGAAAGUAGUUCCUGUCUCUGGGCAGAACAGUUCUAUUUACAGCCUGCUCGGGGAGUCUUGGCAGCCUCCACAGUCAGAGACGCCAAAGAUUUCUUUGAGGGCUUGUCCAGUUAUUUCAGCCAUGUGGGUCGGGGCACUCUUUCUUAAAGGUCCUUGCGUGGCUAGCACAGGCUUCUCCUCAGCUUUAAUACUGAGAAGCCGCAACCCAUAGAGGUAAACAGGGCUUCCUGCAGGGAUCACGGAUUUGGGAAAUUACCCCCCACAAUGGCAGACAGAAGCCCUUUUGAGACGGAUAUGCUCACCCUAACCCGCUAUGUGAUGGAAAAGGGGCGUCAGGCCAAAGGUACGGGGGAGCUCACGCAGCUGCUCAACUCCAUGCUGACGGCCAUCAAGGCCAUCUCCUCGGCGGUGCGGAAGGCGGGCCUGGCCAACCUGUAUGGGAUUGCGGGGAGCGUGAACGUGACGGGAGAUGAGGUGAAGAAACUGGACGUGUUAUCCAACUCUCUGGUGAUCAAUAUGCUCCAGUCUUCCUACAGCACCUGUGUCCUGGUCUCGGAAGAGAAUAAAGAGGCCAUUAUCACAGCCAAGGACAAGAGGGGCAAAUAUGUGGUCUGCUUUGACCCACUGGAUGGAUCUUCCAACAUUGACUGCCUGGCCUCCAUCGGAACCAUAUUUGCUAUCUACAGAAAGACCACGGAGGGUGAGCCUUCAGAGAAGGACGCCUUGCAGCCCGGCCGAAACAUCGUGGCUGCUGGCUACGCACUCUAUGGGAGCGCGACGCUGGUGGCUCUUUCCACUGGGCAAGGAGUGGACCUCUUCAUGCUUGACCCAGCUCUUGGUGAAUUUAUCCUGGUGGAAAAAGAUGUCAAGAUAAAGAAGAAAGGAAAGAUUUACAGCCUCAAUGAGGGAUAUGCCAAAUAUUUUGACUCUGCAACCACUGAAUAUGUGCAGAAAAAGAAAUUUCCUGAGGAUGGCAGUGCUCCCUAUGGGGCCAGAUACGUGGGUUCCAUGGUGGCUGAUGUACACCGUACCCUGGUCUAUGGAGGGAUCUUCAUGUACCCAGCCAACAAGAAGAGUCCUAAGGGAAAGCUCCGGCUCCUGUAUGAGUGCAAUCCUGUGGCCUACAUCAUUGAGCAGGCUGGGGGCUUGGCAACCACAGGCACCCAGCCAGUGUUGGAUGUGAAGCCUGAGACCAUUCACCAGCGAGUCCCCCUCAUCCUGGGAUCCCCAGAUGACGUGCAGGAAUAUCUCACCUGUGUGCAGAAAAACCAGGCAGGCGCUCAGUGAGCUUGACCCGCAGCCCUUUUCUCUUGGUCUUGUACCUUGUACCAAGGACCCUAAAUAAAUGAUAAACAGAAAUGGUGGUGAUGAAAAGGCAAAAAGUAAAUCCCCUAAUCACAGCCAGCAACCACAAACCUGCCGUGACAGGUCCAGAUGCCAGAGGCCAUUAAUUCUGUGGUCAAUGUCAAGGGCAAAAAUUAAAGAUCCACAUAUGAAAAGAAUAACUGGUUUGUCUUCUGUCAUGAAUGGUGGCAAAUAGGAUUGUAAUUCUAAGUCUGUUAAAACCACGUAAGGGGCCCCUGGGUGGUACAAAAGGUUAACAUGCUUGUAUGCUAACCAAAAGAUCGGAGAUUCAAGUCCAACCAGAUGUGCCUUGGAAGAAAGGCUUGGCAACCUACUUCUGAAAAACCAGCCAUUGAAACUCUACGGAGCACAGUUCUACUCUGACACACGUGGGGUCUCCACGUGUCGGAGUCGAUGACGGCGUGUGGUAAGUCACCUCAUCAGCAGUUAUCCACUUGUGGGCAAAAAGUACAUAAACCUGUUAAAAAUUUAUUUUGGUUGGAUCUGAACCCCGAGUCUUAACCUAUUGUGAUUAAUCUUCCUUGUGAAAUAGUAAAACCGAAAACCAGAACCUGUGUAAGGUGGAAACCCGUCAGAGAAGGAAAGCUCAAGUACUCUAAAACUAAACCCACUAAAACGAACGGCAGAAGAGCAGUAAGACGGCGCCCUGUCAGAAGCGGAGAACUUCUGAGACCUGGAAAGACAAGGCGGUCCCGCUGAGCUCUGGCUCUCACAGAUUUCACUAUACGUAUAUUUUUUACAGCCGACUUAAUUUCUUAGAAGAGUUUUGUGCUUUCUUUUGUAUAAAUUUUGAGCCAGAAAGCUCACAGCUAUUAAAUGCUGAAAUUUCCACCGAGCUUUUUGGGAGUGGCAAUAACUUGGAUGCUCAAUCACUGUUUGAAAACACGUGGUCACCUAUUCAUAAAGCCAGCUGCUAAAGGGAGUUAACAUUCAAAAAAUUAAUCCCUACUUUUAUUAACCCUUUAACAUUGCACUUUCCUUUUAUGGGAAAUGUUUUAAUCUGUCCUCUUAACCAGCGUUUUCACUCUGAUGUAACCACAAGUCUGGGGUGGGGGUGACACGUGCAUGCACCAUUUCAGCUUGUUUAAACCAGAGUUGCUGUAUAUGUGUGCAUGCGUGCGUGAGUGUGUGUGUAGAGAGAGACAGAAAGACAGAGAGAAAGAGACCUGGUGUUAGGAGAAUUAGCUAGUCAUUUGGGAAAAAAAAUAAAAUUAGAUCCCCAAGACAAAUCCCAGAUGGAUUAAUCAUAAAAAAAUCAUAAAAAAAACCCCAUAAAGCUAUUACAAAUAGAUAAAGGGCAGUAUAUUUAUGAUGUUAAACAGGAACAGCAAAAACAAAUAAUAAAAGCAAGAAUAGAUGUAAGCACUUGAAAAUAGAAACAUCCUAAACAAAGAUAUAAAGGACGAUUGACAGCUUUGGAGAAAAUGUUUGCCACAGAUGGCAGAGGAGGGGUAUCCAGGAUCAGUCAUGUCAAGAAGAUAAGCUUGACAUAGAGAAAUACUGAGGAUGUAAAAAUGCAGUUUGCAGAAGAUAAAACACAAACGGCUGGUAAACGUGAAAAAUGCUUAGCCUCACUUGUGAUCAGAGAAAUACAAAAUGAAAAAUGAUAAAGACUGAAAAUGCGAAAUGUGUCAAAGGGGCUGGGAAAUGGCACUGUUGUACACUGCUGUUGAGAAUGCAAAUGAGUGCAACCUUUUUGGAGGGCAAUUUGACAGUUCUGUUAACAUGUGGAGCCCUGGUGGAGCGGUGGUUGAGAGCUAGGGCUGCUAACCAAAAGGUCAGCAGUUUGAAUCCACUAGCCACUCCUUGGAAACCCUAUGGGGCAGUUCUACUCUGUCCUAUAGGGCUGCUAUGCAUUGGAAUCAACGUGACGGUAAUGGGUUUGUUUUUGUUUUUUUAACACUUAGCAUUUUGAAUGUGCAGACCCUAUGGCCCAGUAGUUCUGAACCUUAUAGUAGCAUUUUCACUUAAUACUGUUUAUAAUAGCAAAAUAUUGAGGAGAGUUUAAAUGUCCAUCAGUAGGGAAAUAGCUGAUAUAUGGAAAACCAUACAACAGGUUGAAUAAGCUGGAACUUAACAGACCCACUCCAGUCUUCCAUGAAAUGGAAAUAAAUACCUUCCAUAGUUUAGACAUAGGCAUUCUCAAACAUCGGAGUAACACAGGCAACAAGAAAUAAAGAUAUUAGCCAGCAUCCAGUAGACCUUCUGCCUCCU